GCAGUGUAACUGGAGCAGAAGGAGGAAGAGGGCCGUGAGGACCAUGCUUACCUCGGUGGUUUGUGGGGCUGUGGUGUUUCCAGGACUUUUCUUCGGAUGCAGGAAACUACUACGACGCACCUUCAGCCGCUGGAGUGAAGCGGACGUGGUGUGUGUCAGUGAGAGGCUGGUGUCCUCCCUCCAUGCAUCUUUGGCUACUGCAGCUGGAGUCACAGUCGUAACGAGCUGCAGGGAUGUCAUGACCGACAGUCACUGGCUGGUCAACGCGUUCGUCUCGUUCGGAGCUCCCUACAUGGUCUACGACAUCUAUGCCAUGUAUCUGAGCCACUACCACACUCAGAAGGUCAGAGGUCACUCAGGCUUAUACAGCGGCCACUCUCUUCAGGCGGUGAAGGCUUUCCUCACUAAGGACUGGAUGCUGGUCCUCCAUCACCUGGUGCUGCUCCUCGUUUUCCUGCCCAUCACUCUGUUUCUCAGAAGAGGACUGGGUGAUUUCUUCAUCGGCUGCCUUUUCACCACAGAGUUCAGCACUCCUUUCGUCUCUAUAGGAAGGAUUCUCAUCCAGCUGGGCCUCGACGACACCAGGCUGCACAGAAUCAACGGCGUGGUUGUCCUCUUGAGUUUCUUCACCUGUCGGAUCCUGGUCUUCCCCUUCAUGUACUGGAUGUACGGCAGACAGUUUGGGAUCCCCCUCCACAGAGUGGCCUUCCAUCUGCCGCUGCACUGCAACGUGGGUAACCUGGCCAUCCUGGCUCCACAGGUGUACUGGUUGAUCCUGCUGGUGAGGAAGGCUUACAGACUGUACCUGAGACAGAAGAGAGGGAGGGGAGACGGGCCGAAGACACACUGACCUGAUUAUAAAACGACCUGGUUUAACACUAAAGAAAGUGUGAGGGUCACUGUUAGUGAAAAUAAAUCAAAGUUUUCAUGAAUAAGUCCAUUUAAAGUGGGAAAAAAUCUAUUAUUUUGGGAAUAAAGUUGACUAUUUAAGAGAAAAAUUGUAUGAUUUUGAGUGAAAAAGUCGUAAAUUCAGAUUAUUCUGAGAAAUAGUCGUACCUUUUUUUCAAACUUUUUCUAUUCAAAAUUCAAAUCUAUAAAUCCUAUUUAAUCUUAAAAUUUAUUUUUUUACUGAGAAACUUUCACUAUAUUUCUGGAAUGUUGUUUUCCCCAACAUUAAUUACUUUCUGAAAAAUGUUCAACUUUAUUCUCAGAUAAUUAAUUUACCGUGGCCUUAAUAAAUCGUUUAUUGUGCACUACAUUAUUAUGUUAAUAUUUUGCUGUUAAUUUUGUUUGUCAGCUGUUACUAUGUGAUUCAAAUUUAAAGCUUUACGAUUUGCAGAGAAUAUAUUUUGUACAAAUAAAUCAAUUAUCUUUUC